AAAUGGGUUACUUGAGUGGCUUCUCUCUUCAACCCAAAACACUGUUACCCAACGCACAGAUUGUUCCCCAUAAUCUCUGCUACAAUUCACUCAAACCCCAAUUCCUCAAUCCUCACCUUAUAAAAAACCCACCUUUUCCCCUACUCAAAUCCAUCUCUUCUCACUCAAACACCCCCACACACUCCUCAAAACUCCCAAAUGUGUACUCUGCUCUCAAACCCCACAAGAAUUUACCAACAAUUUUGGUGGAAAAAGUAGUGGGUUUGGUUAUAGGGACAGUUGUGUUUGUUGGGUGUUUCAAUAUCAGAGCAGCUGUGGCACUGCCAGCUCAAACAAGCAGUUCCAGUGAGAGUUUGGAGGAAAAGAGAGAGACCCAGAAAGGGAAGAGUGAGGAGGAAGAAAUGUAUGAGAGAGUUUUGGAGGGGGACCCAAGAAAUUUUGAGGCUUUGAAAGUGCUUGUGUAUGGGAAAAUGAGGAGAGGGGAGACAAAGGAGGCUGUAAAGUAUGUGGAGAAGUUGAUUGGUGUCGAACCGGAUGAAGUUGAGUGGAGGCUGUUGCUGGCUCUUUGUCAUGAGAUUAUGGGGGAGUUGGGUACUGCUAAGAAAUUGUUUCAGGAAAUAUUGGAGGAGAGGCCUCUUUUGCUCAGAGCUUUGCAUGGUCUAGCAUUGGUUAUGCACAAAAGGCGUGAAGGUCCAGCAGUUUUUGUGAUGCUUGACAAGGCUUUAAAAAUUGCACAUCGGGAAAAAAGAGUGAUCGAGGAGAGGAAUAUAAGAAUUCUGAUCGCACAGAUGCACGUUGUAAAGGGGCAAUUGGAAGAAGGCUUGAAUUUAUUUCAAGAUCUUGUGACUGAGGAUCCUCGAGAUUUUCGACCUUAUCUUUGCCAGGGAAUUAUCUACAGUCUACUGGAUCAAAAGAAGGAAGCUGCAGAAAAGUUUGAAAUAUAUAGGGCUCUUGUGCCUGAAGAAGUUUCUCAAAAGGGAUUUCUUGACGAUGUUGUGUUGGCAGCCAAAAUGAAACCUGGGGAACAGCUUCAGAAGGAGUUUGAUGCUGACUUUUCAAGCCAGAAGCAAGUUUAGACUUUUUUCUCUGGGUAACUUACAGAUUACCAGUUAGACUGAGGGGAUGUGGUUCUUCGAGAACAUAUAGUUGUAGAGAAAAUGCUACUGUAGACAUGUAGUAAAUAUGUGAUUUCAAGGGCAAAGUCAAGCAGUUUGCAUCUGCAUGGGGAUAUUAUACAAAUUCUAUGAGUUUCUAAAACAGAGCUUGCAUUUGAUUGGACUCAAGAUAGGAGUUCUUGUGUACGUCAUACUUCUAUAUUCAGCUUAGAGUUUGUUCCAAACAUGGAUUGUUGCCAUCUUAGAG